UCCGUCUGCUGCAUUCGAGCAAAUUCGAGUUUCAUAUUUAACACGCGCACUUGAGCAAGUUAGCAAUUAGCAUCCUUUAACAUUAGCAUUUAACGAUGUCUGAAUCCGGAAACAAACGCAAAGCCAAAGACAAGGCAUAUUAUAUCAAAUCUGCAAAGCAGGCUAGGAAAUCCUCCAAUGAAUUAGGGCCUGGACAGAAAGGUUUCCUAUGUACUUCAAACAGAGAAAAAGAAAGUGUCAGAGAAGCCUACAAUAUUUUGAAUGAGUAUGCUGAUAUCAUUUAUGGUAGUGAAAAACCAAAGGAGGAGCCUGAAUUGUCAGAGGUUAAAAAAGAAGAAAUUGAAGAUGAGUUGUCUAAAGAAAUGGAGGAAUUAAAAAAGAAGCAAGCUGCACCUGUUUCUGAAAGAAGAUUCCAGUGUGUUAUGACUAACAUUAAAGGAUGCAUUUUUAUUCGCUCAACAGUUGGAAAUCCUUCAGCAGUUGUAGAUGCAAUAAUCAAUGAUAUUGAAAAGAAAAAGCAGCAAACUACAAAAUUUCUGUUACGUAUGCUUCCAAUUCAACUGACUUGCAAGUCUGUGAAGGAAGAUAUCUUGAAAGCAGCUGAGACUCUCAUUGACCAAAUGGCUGAUUACAAAACAUUUUCUCUCCUCAUCAAGAUAAGAAAUCACAAUAUCAAACGAGAUGCCCUAAUAGAACCAAUCGCGGAAAUGGUUUCGAAGAAGUUUCCUGAAAUUAAAGUUGAUCUCGACAACCCAGAAAUAAGUAUGGUCGUUGAGGUGCUAAGAGCAACAUGCUGUUUGGGUGUAGUUACAAAUUAUUCAGGACGAGCCAAGUACAAUCUUGUUGAAAUUGCUCAGAAGGCCAAAUAAAAAUCUUUGACUGCAA